CUCUUGCUCUUCUGAUUCGUAUCUGUCUGUCUCAGUGGCUAAAGUCGCCGACAGCUGAUGGGGAUGCCUCCUCCAAUCAAGAUCACUGCGGAAGAAGUCAAUCUUCUUAUCUAUGCAUAUUUCCAGGAUUCCGGAUUCCAACACAGUGCCUUCGUGCUCCAUGCAGAAAGCAAGCUAGAGAGUUCAUCUUACUUCGGCAGACAUAUACCACGCGGAGAGCUUGUCGAGCUACUGAGCAAAGCGCUACUAUAUACUGAAGUAGAAGCUCACUGGAAGGGCAACACCAUGGCUGCCAAUUGCCAGAAGCCGUUCUCGCUGCUAGAACGGCACGUUUGCUCUCAAGACCCUGUUCUUACCGAUACAGCUCCUGUAGAUCAGGCGGCGCCAACCACCGUGGCCAUCAAUGGCGACAGCCACUCACAGCGGCCAACGACAAAUGGAAUUAACAGCACGACUGAACCUGUCGCAAAACGGAAAGCCAGCACGCCCAUCGCCGGAAACACCCCCACAGAGAAACGCGCGAGGACAUCUCCUCCGACAGACGACAACAUGGAAGUAGAUAGCAACGCUUCUUCCUCAGCCGAAUCCAAACAGGUUGAUGCUAGGGUUUCUUCGGGUCCUAGUGGUUCUGGUGAACUUAAAAAGCAACCUAAAGCUAAGCGGCCUCCCGGUCCCGCUGAUGAUCUGACGGAUCCAUCUGUCGUAAGCCUACUGAAAGGGCACAAGACGGAGGUCUUCGUAUGUGCUUGGAACCCAACAAAGAAAAGCACACUGGCAUCAGGGUCGAGGGAUACUGUAGUCCAUUUAUGGAAUGUGCCAGAAUCCCGUUCGGAAGGGUCCCCAAUACCUCCGAAGAUUGGCCCUCCUAUGACGUUGGCCUAUCCCUCGAAAUCAGAGCAAGGCGAUCUAACAUCGCUAGAUUGGACUCGCGAUGGUUCUCUGCUUGCCAUCGGGUCAUAUGAUGCGAUCCUUCGAGUCUGUACGGCUUCGGGUGAACUGUACUUCUCACAUACACAGCAUGAGGGGCCAAUAUUUGCGACGCGUUUUUCGAAAUCUGGCCGUUGGCUCCUAACGGCCAGUCUAGAUGGAACUGCGUGCGUCUGGGAUGUAGCACAAAAGAGAUUGCAUCAGCAAUAUCAGUGCCAUAAGGAUUGCUGUCUGGAUGUCGAUUGGCUUACUGAUGACAUAUUCGCGAGUUGCGGGGCGGAUGGAAAGAUACAGAUCAUGAGUUUGGAGCACUCGAGACCUCCAAAAACGCUUCUGGGCCAUACAACCGAAGUUAAUCAAAUCAAAUGCAGCCCCUCGCGGACAAAGAUCGCUUCGUGUUCAGAUGACCGUACGGCCCGGGUUUGGAAUAUCGAAGAUGUCGUCUUUGAUCGGCCACCGAAUGACGAAGUCAUAGUGCUCAAGGGCCAUACAAAUACUGUCAGCGGCAUCGCGUGGUGUCCAAUGACUGCUGAGGGCGAGCAUGAACUGCUAGCGACGUCAUCAUUCGACGGAACAUCGCGGCUAUGGGAUAGUGUGACGGGACAAUGUUUGCGAGUAUUUCAGGAUCACAAACGGCAUGUGUAUGCGCUUGCAUUCAGCCCGGAUGCCCGUUUCUUUGCGACCGGAGGCGGUGAUGGUUGGCUGCACGUAUAUGAUGUUAAGGCUAAGCAGAAGCGAUGGUCAUGGUAUGCGGGCUCGGAGAAGCCAGGAAUCUUCGAGAUAGACUGGCAGCAGUCGGGAAAUAUCAACCGCAUGGCUCUGGCUCUCGAGUCCAACCAAGUCGGUGUCGUUGACGUUACUCGAGUACCUCUUCUCCAAUAGUUUAUUGCUGUUGGUAGUCCACACAACGCAGUGUUACACUUCUCCUUGCAAUUACUUGCGUUAUUUUAUGAUGCUAUUUACACGAAUCGCAUCGCUUGUUAUGUUCU